AAAGCCGCAGAGAAGUGGCUGAGGGCGAAGAAACAAAGAAACACAUGAUGUUCAAGUAUAGGAAAUCGGGAGGGCGAAAAAACAAAGAAACAUGUUGAAGUUUAGGAAAUCGGGUUAACACUUCCCCGUUAAGGUAGGUGAGGUGCAAGGAUAGGAUCUAAGAUCUAAGGAGGGAGGGCUACAGAGUUUAACGGAGGUGUACCUUGCUGCGGGCACAGCUUCAUUAUAUUGUAGUGAAAAACUUGUUGGCCACUGGGAGUGGAAAGAUGAGAAGAGGCAGGGGCAGAGACAAGGUGGGAGAGGGAGAGGGAGAAGGGGGAGGAGAAGCGGGUGGAGGAGGGGGAGGAGGAGCCGGUUUGAACUUGCCGCAAGCGCCUGUAUUCUAUCCAAGUGAAGAGGAGUUCACAGAUCCGCUAGCAUUUAUAGAGAAAAUUCGAGGGGAGGCGGAGGCCUAUGGAAUGUGCAGGAUCGUGCCGCCGAAGUCGUGGAAGCCGCCAUUUGCUCUGGACAUGCAGAAGAUGGCCUUUCCGACAAAGAUGCAGGCGCUGCAUCACCUGAGUCAGCGGCCCUCCACCUGCGACGCGGACACCUUCCACCUCGAUUACGCCCGCUUUAUGCAGGAGAGGGGCCAGACGGGGGCGCUGCCGACGGAGCCCUCGAUCCAGGGACAACGCGUGGAUUUGUGCCAGCUUUAUAACGCCGUGAAGCGCCAUGGGGGCUUUCGCAAAGUGCUUCACUCCAAGAAAUGGGGGGAGGUUGCCAGGAUUCUCAAUCCCGCCACCCAGAAUUCUCCCCAUUACAAUUCUCUUCUUACACAGCUCUACAAGAAGCACUUGCGUGCUUACGAGAUUUACCAAAUGCGCACAAGUUCGGCUUCCCUUUCAAAAUGCAACAAGGGGCGGAGGCUCGGAGGCGGGGCGAAAAGGAGGAGGACUGUUGUGAUGGCAGAAGAGGGAGGGGCUGGGGGCGGUGGUGGGGGGAAAAGGAGGAGGAGUAAUGUGGUGACGGAGGAAAAAGAAGUGAAGGCGGAUCAGAUAUGCGAGCAGUGCAAGAGCGGGCAGCAUGAAGAAGUGAUGCUUCUGUGUGACAGGUGUGACCGGGGAUGGCAUGUCUACUGCCUAUCGCCGCCGCUGAAGGGCGUGCCACAGGGCAAUUGGUACUGCUUUGACUGCCUCAAUUCCGAGUCCGACACCUUUGGUUUCACUCAGGGAGACCUUUAUUCUCUCCGCUCUUUUCGAGCCUUCGCAGACAGGUUUAAGCGUAAAUGCUUUGGAACAGCUGCUAACAGUGUCACUCAUGGUCAAAUUGAAGAUCGCUUCUGGGAAAUUGUAGAACGAUCGGGCACCGGGGAGAAGUGGAGAGAGGUGGAGGUCAUGUAUGGCAGCGAUUUGGAUACAUCUUUGUAUGGCAGUGGGUUUCCUCGUUCCAUUGACAAAAUGCCCGACCAUGUAGAUCCCAAACAGUGGGAAGAACAUAUAGUUAGCCCCUGGAAUCUCAAUAACUUUCCAAAACUACAAGGUUCCAUGCUUCGCCUCGUGCACGAUAAUAUUGCAGGCGUUAUGGUUCCUUGGCUUUAUGUAGGAAUGUUGUUUUCCUCCUUUUGCUGGCAUUUUGAAGACCACUGUUUCUAUUCCAUCAAUUACUUGCACUGGGGUGAGCCAAAAUGCUGGUAUAGUGUUCCAGGGAGUGCAGCGGAUGCUUUUGAACAGGUCAUGCGCAAAACAUUUCCAGACUUGUUUGAAGCACAGCCAGACCUCCUAUUCCAGCUGGUGACUAUGUUAAAUCCAACCGUCUUGAAACGAAAUGGUGUCCCUGUUUUUACCACAUUGCAGGAAUCUGGUAACUUUGUCAUAACAUUUCCCAGGUCUUUUCAUGGGGGAUUCAACUGUGGAUUAAAUUGUGCUGAAGCAGUGAACUUUGCCCCUGAAGAUUGGCUACCACAUGGUGGAUUUGGAGCAGAAUUGUAUCGUUUGUAUCACAAGCCUGCGGUUUUAUCACAUGAUGAGUUAUUAUGUGUCGUGGCAAAGAGCGGAUGUAGCAAAGAUUUACGACCCUUUCUAAAGGAAGAGCUUGUUCGAGUGAUCAAGACUGAGCGUAUUCAAAGGGAACGACUUUGGAGAAAUGGUGUUGUGAGAAUAUCUAGAAUGACUCCUCGUAAGAAUCCUGAAUAUGUUGGCACAGAAGAGGAUCCAGAAUGUGUUAUUUGCCGAUAUUAUCUACAUCUUUCUGCUGUUACAUGUUGCUGUCGACCAGGUGCAUUGGUCUGUCUACAGCAUGCAGAACGUCUCUGUGAAUGUAAUCCAGAAAAGCAAUGUCUCUUAUAUCGCUAUAGUAUGGCUGAGCUGGAUGACUUGCUGCUUAUGGAAGAUGAACAGAGUGCUGAAAAAGACAAUGUCCCAAUGGAUGAUAGGGUUCGAACUCGAAGGAUUUCUGGAAAGCAGUCUUGUCAAACAAUUCUGAUAAAAAAGAUCUUACAGGUGCAAGGCCGUUCUGUUACGCAUAGAGAGCUGGCAGAAGCAUGGCUUGCAAGUGCACGCAAUAUACUCUGCAACCCAAUUUCAGAAGCUAAUAUUAACGACUUACUGAAAGAAGCAGAACAAUUUUUAUGGGCUGGGCAUGAGAUGGAUCUGGUGCGAUCAAUGGAGGUGGACUUGAGAAUGGCACAAAAGUGGUCCCAAGAUUUGAGGGAUUGUUUGUCCACAAUUAAAUCAUGGAUGGAUAAGAAGGACAAGACAUCAUCAAAAGUUCCUUUAAGUUUUGCCCAAGUCUUGAUUGGCAUUAAUCCGGUUCCAUGUAUCGAACCCGGGUUCUUAAAAUUGAAGGCUAUGGUAGAAGAUGCCAGUCUGUUGGAACAGCAAAUUAAAGUUGCUUUGUCAUCAUCAUCACCUGUAACGAUUGAGGAAUUGAAGGAUAUUCAUUUCAGAAUGAUGGAAUCUCCUUUUAAGCUGGCUGAAUCUGAGACUCUGGAUAGAGUAAUUGAUUCUGCAAAGGAUUGGCUAGUGCGAGCAGAAGAGUGCUUGUUUGGAAAGCAGAGCCGUUUGGCAUCAGAUGCCUUUUCUCAUAACAUAAAUAUGCUUCAUGACUUGCAGUCAGAGGGUGGAAAGAUUCCUGUUGUGCUCCCAGAAAUGGCUCUUUUUGAUAGUCUUAUAAAAAGGAUAGAAAAUUGGCGAGGACAUGCUAGGGAGCUGAUCAGUUUCCCUAUGACCUUAGAGGAGCUGAAUGCUACAUUGCAAGAUGCUGAGCAGUUUAAUGUCAUCAUCCCUGAAUUAGAAUUGCUGAGACAAUAUAAGCACAGUGCAUUAUCCUGGAUGGAGCGUUGCCAUAAUAUUCUUGAUAGCAUCCACAAAAAUAUAGACUACAGUAAAGCAGUAGAAGAUUUGACUGCGCUAUUGGCAGAAGGGAGGACACUAAAAGUUCAAGUAGAAGACUUGGGCACUGUGGAACUGGAGUUGAGAAAUUUUUUAUGGAGGGAGAAAGCUUCCAAGGCACUGGGCAGACGAUUGCCAUUGAGGAUUCUAGAAGAAUUGGCAAUUGAAGCAUCAAGGUUGCAAUUGCCAAAUGAAAAAUUGGUAAUCGAUGUUAAUGUUACUGUUCAAGCUGCAUAUGCUUGGGAACAAAGUGCUAAGAAACUUCUCUGUUCAGGCGGUUGUAUCUCCGAAUUUAAGGAUCUUGACAGGACGUCAGAAGGCAUGUGUGUAACCUUACCUACCUUUAUACACAUCAAGGAUGCUAUUUUAGCUGCUGAACAGUGGUUGGAAAAUGCAAAGCCAUUCUUGGACCAAAUCUUCGGAGUUCAGCCUGCAUGCAGAUCUCAUUUAAGUAUCGAUGCGCUUAAGGGGCUUCUUCACAAGUCUGAGCUUCUUAAAAUCACACUUAAAGAGUCACAGUUCCUAAGAAAAGCCUUGAAAAACGUUGAGGAGUGGUGUACAAAAGCAGUGAAACUGCUGGAAUCUGGAAAUUUGUUCCUGAAUAGUCAGAAUGUAUGGAAUGUUGCCUAUGAUAACAAUGAGGACAGUAACAGUCUUAUGGUGAAAGUGGAAGAACUGAUUGGUUUCUUAAAUUCUUUUAUAAAAAGUGGUAUGGCUCUCGGAUUUGAAUUAAAUGAACUCACAAAGCUAAAAGAGGUUUCUGCUGCAUUGACAUGGAACCUGAAGGCUCUUUCUUUUUCCUCUAUGUCUCCUUCAUUAGAGGAUGUUAACAGUCUCAUAGACAAUGCAAGAAAUCUACCUAUUAGAGCUGGAGAAUAUAAAUUAUUAGAGAGCUCUUUGCUUGAGAGUAAACAGUGGCUUUCACAAGCAUGUUUACUUCUUCCAGAUUCAAAUUCAAAGAAAAAAUGCAAUAUUCAGGACCUGGAGGACCUUGUUGCAAACUCAAAGAAAUUGAAAAUUUCUUUUCCAAUGAAGGUUGGCCAAAUAGAGGCAGUUAUUUCUAACUAUAGAUCAUGGCAAAAGGAGGUACAGGCAUUGUUUAAUUACAAAUCUUCUGCUCUUACAUGGCCAGAAUUUCUUAAACUUAUGGAAGCUGGAGAGUCUAGUAUUGUGGAAGAUGGCAGCCUGAGAAUGCUUGCUUCAAAAGUAGCUGAUAUUGAAAAUUGGAUUUUACAUUGCAAGUCUGUUACUGACCGCUUUGGCAGCUGUUCAUUACCACUGCAAUAUUUUCUUCUACAGAUUAAAGAAUCUUUGGACAGAGCCCUUCGCAAAUUCCAGGAUGCAAAUGCUCAUGGCGAGGAGGAAGAUUGUUUAAUAUGCAAUGGGAAAUCAAUGCAAAACAAUCCAAAUACACUUUAUUGUCAAAAUUGCAAAGACAGGUAUCACUCUUCAUGUCUUGGGCUGAAACAAAUAGAAUCAUUAACAACCACACACUAUGUGUGCCCUUUUUGUACUGCUGUUGCAACUGGAUCUCUAUCCAAUGAAGAAGUACACCCAAGGGUUUCCAAAAGAAAUUGCCCAACAAUUGAUGAUUUUGUUGAACUAUUGAAUGAAGCAAAAGGCCUCUCCCCAUGGACCCAGGAGGUAGAACUUGUUCAUAGCAUUGUUGAAUGUGCAAUGCAAUGGCAAUCUUAUUUAAGAGGAACAAUUAGUAAUGCUCUAGUUCAACAGGAUAAGGAUUCCAGCUUUGAUUCAAGAAGACUUGUUAUUGCUUUAAAGACAAUUGAAGUGGUAAAGCUUCAAGAUCAAGAGAACACUAUGCUUGAGGUUGCUCUUUGUACAAAUUCUUGGAGAAGUAAGGCAAAAGCGCUGGUGGACGGUGCAACCAAACCUUCACUUAAACACAUUCGACGUGUUCUAAAAGAGGGACUCUGCAUGCAGGUGUCUUCUAAAGAUUACUAUCUUAAAGAGAUGAUGAGAAUAGAGCGCAUAUCUUCUCAGUGGGCAGCGCAGGCAAAACAGGUUGUGGCAGAUCAUGGAGCACUUGAAUUGGAUGAGGUAUUCAAAUUUAUUGCAGCAGGUGAAAGAUUGCCUGUUGAUUUCAGGAAGGAAUUAGCGGCACUAAAGGUCCGUAGUGUGCUUUACUGCAUUUGCCGAAAGCCUUAUGAUGAAGAAAGAGCAAUGAUAGCUUGUGAUAGCUGCAAUGAGUGGUACCAUUUUGACUGUCUUUAUCUUCAAGAACCAGUCAGCAGCAGUGAAGAUUGUGAGCUUCUAUUACAACAGAAGUGUGGACCAAUGGGUGAAUUUAUUUGUCCUGUUUGUAAACCAACAUACAGACAGGACAGUUCAAGUUUUCACGUAAAGGUCGAGGAUGAUGACAGUGAAUUUAUAUCAGAGGAGAUUUCUCAUGAAAGAGAUGGAGUUACUCCAUCUUUUGAAUUUACAAGAGGAAAGCGACGGAGCAGAACGACUGGGAAAGCUAGAUCAAACUUACAGGAAAGAAUAAGAGAAAAUUUGGGUUCUAAUUGCCUAGAUACACUGUGCUUGCUGCCAUCUGAUACCAAAAUUGAAACUGAUAACCCCUUGACAGCAACUGGCAGGCCUUGUAGAAGGACAGCUGGUCAACACAGCAAAUUUGAAAGUUUUGUAUUACUUACACAUACAAGGUAGAUUCAUUUUUUUGACUUCCAUUUAUAAUGAAAAUUUCUUCUCAAGAUUCAAUAAUUAACAAAAUCCAUAAUGGUUCUCCGAAGUUGCAUGUUACCGACUUCUCUGCCGUCUAACUGUUGUGUACCAUACUCCCCAUUUUCACUUAUAGCAGUUAGUCUAGUCAUUGCCUUAAUUGUAUAACACCUCAGUGCAGAACACAAUCUGCAAAUAAGAAUAGUCCGCAACAUAAAAUCAAAUAGUUUCAUAUGAUUUGGUGUGAGGUACAUGCCAAUGACCCUGUUGUAUGGCUGCUUGUAAUUGAAUGGCAUCAGAAGAGAAGUUUGACUAAAUUUUUCUGAGAAGGAAAUACCUUGUGAUUAGCAUAUUGUAAUAGCUGAUUUUAUUUGUCGUUGGGAUUAAAGGCGCCGGGAGGAAGAUGUAAACUAUAUAGUAAGGGAAUACCAAAACCUGAAGAUGUUGAAGGAAUGUAAAUGUGAUUGAAAAUUUGCAACUAAAUUUAGCUGCAAGUUGCCUUUCAUGCAUGGAUGUGCCACUAAAAUUGCUAGGCUACUUCUGCCUCUGGGAAGUUUCGGAAGUGGAGGAUCAAUUCUUCCAGCAGUUUUGUCAAUGGUGUGCAUGUGUGUUUCGUCUGGUAAGUAGUUGAGAAGUAAUGUUGUUGAAAAAUCACUCAGUUUCACAUAAAUGCCAUCAUGAUCAAUAAACAUCAUAAAAGUGAAAAUUAUUUGAUGUAAUUCUUAUAUUAUUUCUAAACAUCUCAUCUUAUAUUGUGAAUAAUAUUUUGAUAGAAUUUGUGAAUCAAUAAGUAGGAGAUAGCCUGAUGAGCGUGCCUAUGAUGAGGAUGCUAACCUAUAUUUCGAAUUUAUUCUAUUUCAUAUUGCACAAGAGCAGUGCAACUUAUGUCAACAUUCUUAUUCAAUAUUUCGGAUGGAAAUAAUAUCAGGCACCUUUCAAGUUA